AAGGAGGUGUCGCUGCGGAGGAGCCUCGGAGCGAGCGAGUGACUGAGUGACUGACUGGAGCGGUCCACUGUUCCCUUCCUCCUCCUUUCCCCUUCUUCCUCAGCCUCCCUCCGCCGCCGUCUUCGCCGCCUUCUCCUUCUCCUCCUCCGCCGCCGUCGUGGCCCUGGGGCCGGGCGGGCGGGCGAGCGCUUGGAUGCCUGGAGCCCGCGGCAGAGAGCCAGCCCGGAGCCCGCCAUGGGCUGCUGCGGGAGCGCCGCCUCGCAGAGUUCCAAACGAGAGUGGAAGCCUCUGGAGGAUCGCAGCUGCACAGAUAUCCCAUGGCUGCUGCUGUUCAUUGUCUUUUGCAUUGGCAUGGGUCUUAUUUGUGGCUUUUCAAUAGCUACUGGAGCAGCUGCAAGAUUGGUUUCAGGAUAUGACAGUUAUGGAAAUAUUUGCGGACAGAAGAAUGUAAAAGUAGAGGGAAUAGAAAACAGUGGCUUAGACCUCACAGAGAAGAAGUAUGUGUUCUUUUUGGAACCCUGUAAUGUAGACCUGGUAAAACGGAAGAUAAAAUCCAUAGCUCUUUGCGUGUCAGCAUGCCCACAGAAUGAGCUGAAAACUCUGGCUGAUGUUCAGAAAUUUGCAGAUACUAAUGGUUCUACUUUAUGUAGCUAUGAACUAAAGCCAUCUGAAUACACUACAGAUUCAAGGGCUGAUAAGCUUUGCCCCAAGCUCCCAGUUCCAGAGAGUGCACCUAUUCCAUUCUUCCAUCGCUGUGCUCCUGUGAACAUUUCCUGCUAUGCCAAGUUUGCAGAGGCCCUGAUCACCUUUGUCAGUGACAGUAGUGUCUUGCACAGGCUGAUUAGUGGAGUAAUGACCUGCAGAGAGAUUAUAUUGGGACUUUGCUUGUUAUCACUAGUGCUUUCCAUGAUUAUGAUGGUGAUAAUCAGAUAUAUUUCAAGAGUACUUGUGUGGAUCUUAACAAUACUUGUUGUACUGGGAUCUCUAGGUGGCACAGGAGUAUUGUGGUGGCUGUAUGCUAAACAGCAGAAGUCUCCAAGUGACACACUUACUGUUUAUCAACUUCAAAUAGCCAAAGACAAUCGCCAGGCCCUCCUGAUCUAUGCCAUUGCAGCUACAGUCUUCACAGUUAUUUUACUGCUGAUAAUGUUAGUUAUGCGUAAACGAGUAGCUCUCACAAUUGCCUUGUUCCACGUGGCUGGCAAGGUCUUCAUUCACCUGCCACUGCUCGUCUUCCAGCCAUUUUGGACUUUUUUUGCUCUCAUGCUAUUCUGGAUUUAUUGGAUCACAGUCUUGCUCUUCCUAGGUACCACAGGUAGCCCUGUCAAAAAUGAACAGGGCUUUGUGGAAUUCCGAGUUUCAGGCCCACUGAGGUACAUGUGGUGGUAUCAUGUUGUGGGGUUAGUUUGGAUCAGUGAAUUCAUCCUUGCCUGUCAGCAGAUGACUGUAGCAGGAGCUGUUGUGACAUAUUAUUUUACAAGGGAAAAAAGAAAUUUGCCAUUCACACCUAUUUUGGCGUCCGUCAAUCGCUUGAUCUGUUACCACCUAGGAACUGUGGCCAAAGGGUCUUUCAUUAUUACUUUAGUGAAGAUUCCACGGAUGAUACUAAUGUAUAUUCAUACGCAAGUCAAAGGAAAAGAAAAUGCCUGUGCUCGGUGUAUUCUGAAAGCCUGCAUUUGCUGCCUUUGGUGUCUAGAAAAGUGCCUGACUUACUUAAAUCAGAAUGCAUAUACAGCCACUGCUAUCAACAGCACCAACUUCUGCACCUCAGCAAAGGAUGCCUUUGUGAUACUAGUGGAGAAUGCUUUGCGAGUGGCUGCCAUAAAUACAGUGGGAGACUUCAUGCUCUUUCUAGGAAAGGUCCUAAUUGUUUGCAGCACAGGCUUGGCAGGUAUCAUGCUGCUGAACUACCAGCGAGACUACACAGUAUGGGUGCUGCCACUCAUCAUUGUCUGCCUGUUUGCAUUCCUGGUUGCUCACUGCUUCCUGUCUAUUUAUGAAAUGGUAGUGGAUGUCCUUUUCUUAUGUUUUGCCAUUGACACUAAGUACAAUGAUGGUAGCCCAGGGAAGGAAUUCUACAUGGAUAAAGUUCUUAUGGAAUUUGUGGAGAACAGCAGAAAAGCAAUGAAAGAAGCUGGCAGGGGAGGUGGACAUGAAGGCAGGGAACUCAAACCAAUGGCCUCUGGAGGAAGUUAAUCCUGAAGCUAGUCAGCCAUUAUGGAAACCAUUGACAUUCCAAAACAAUAUCUAUCUUAUCUAUCUAUAUAUAUAUAUAUAUCUAUAUAUAUAUUAUUUAAAAAGCAGCCAAAAUCAGAGAAAAGGAACAGGGAUUUAAUACUUUUUUAACGAUUAUUUUUGUGAAACAUGUACUCUUUUCAUACGGGUGGCUUUUACAAGCAACUUUUAUCAUUGUUCCAUUUAAAAAUCUAAUCAUUGUGGUUUGUGCAAUGUUAUGAUUGUAAAAAGAUUGAGAUAUUUCAUAAUUUGGAGAAGGAUUACAUAAUGUUUGAAAAGUAUUGUGCAAGACUGCCGAUUUGGAAUAACAAGUGGGUCAGAUAAUUUCCCCUCAUGGUUAUUUUUAAUGAGCAUAACUCUUUAAAACUCAAUGGAUAAUGACUGUUCUGAGGGGACAAAAUCCUUCAUAGAUUUUCUUUUCCUUUUUUUAGAGCAGAAAUGAAUAAUACAUUAAUCAUGUUGGGUUUUGCUUGCUCUUUUGCAAUGAGAUGCUAAUAGGAUCCAGGAAGUUCAACCUAUCCAGGUUUUUUUUCUCAUUAACACAUUAGACAAUUUAUAUCUAAUGCAUUAAAAAAAUAACCAACUCCUCAGGUAUUUAGAUAUUGAGACAGCCCCUGAAUCUAUGAAGGACAAACUAAAGGCAUAUGAGGGAGAGUGAGUUUUAUAUGCAACUUUCGUCCUGUGUCACUUUAGUUUUUCCCCGUGAAUUUCAUAUUGUCCUUUGCACACCAUUGUUCUUUUCAACUACGCAAAUUCUUUAAAUAAACAGAUGAAUGACAGACAUCUAAAGCUCAGCUUUAGAUAUGCUCCAUCACUGUUCAUCCAUGACUACAUGGAAAGAUGCUAGGAGUAAAGGGAGAAGCUGUACAACUAUACAAAAAAGUACUGUAUGUCAUUCAUGUUUUUCUUUCGUGUUGACAUCAUUUCUUGGUCAUGUUUCAUGAUAUGUUUUGUAAUAAGUGGAGCAAAGUGGGAAAGAGCAGGUAAAUAUCUUCUUAAAAUGUCACUGCAUCAGUGUCUACUGUAGUUCUUAGAAACUCUUUGUAUUCAUACUCAUAGGAUCUGAGAGCCACAUGAAUACUUCAGAAGCUUCCAGAAAGCAAUACUUGUGUCUUUCCUACCUUCCCACACUUUCUAGAGUGCAACUGUUUAAUCAGCAUAUUGAAGUUAUUUCAGAAGCAAAUUGGAUCUUACAGUGGCCCAAACUAUGUGUUAGAAUAUGCUGGAUCCUUAUAGGGAGGAAGGAGUUUAAAGCACCUCAAGGUCACAGGGCAAGAAGCAGACUAAUCCUCUCUUUUCCCAUGGUCCCAUCACUCAAAACCCCACCUGCCCUCACAAUUUUUCCCCUUGCUUACACUGCACCAGGAGAAAAGGAACCGGAAGAAAAAUUACAGCUGGAAAAAAGAGUUCAGCAACCUCUAGUUCCCAUCCAUGCUGCACUUUAAAUCCCCCAUCCCCAUCCCUCUAGUGCCUAAGAAUUCAGCGCAGCCCCAUUCAUAUACCCAGGCCUUACCAUGUUAUAUCCGCUUUGAUCUGUGGAAAAGCGGUAUACAAAUAAAAUUUAUUAUUAUUAUCUAGUUUUCCCCCUUUGUAUAGUAAAAACUCAUAGGAAUGUUUUUAAGAACUGCAGUUCUUCAGUUGUAUUAAAUGUCCGUUCUGGAAAACAUUUCUUACUUUGGGUUUCUGCACUAAUAGAAGUCUUUGGUCAUUUUAGCUCCACACAAAUGAAAAUAUUCAGUGGUUUAUAAGAAAUUGCAGUACUUGAUACUUACUGGAUAUCUUCAUUCCAGUGGCAUCUGAGGAAUGAUUUUGAAACAUUUAUGUGAGUGGAUUCUCUCAGUAAUGAACAGAUUUGUGCCCUAAUGCCCUUGUAAGACCUUGCUCAUUUUUGCUCUGGAAUAAUUUUGAUUUGAAGCCUUUCAGUUGCAGGCUGUGAUACAUUUUCUGAUUUGCUUCUAAGACUUGGUCAAGUGCUUUUUCAUUUGUAAGGUCAAAUCUUAGUGUACAUCAGUGCUAAUGGUAUGGUUUGAGAGUCUUGAUCCAGCCAAACUUUCUUAUUGUCAAUCUUUCUGAUAUACAUCAAAGUUUUAGUUAGGACAUCUAUUUGGAGUGGGCAUACCAGGCUGUAUGGAUGUUGGACUACAGCUGCCAUAUCCAUAGCCAGUGGAAGUGUGGGAACUGCAGUAUCAAGAUCAUUUGGAGCACUACAGUUGCUACACAUGGUAGAGAGGAAGGUUAGAAAGAAUUCAGAAUACUGGCUUAUUCUUUACAUGGUCAUAAACAACAGAUGAAAGGUGAUAAUGCUGUUCCAGGAAUGUACAACAUUAAACUGCAAAUUGUUGGUAUGAAUGUACCUGAACACUCUGACUACAUCCCAAAAAAUCACUGCAUAUGGAAUGAUGCCUUGUUAAGUAGAUUUUUGGAUUGGAACAUCUUUCUCAGAUAAAUAGUUUUCUAUGUGCAGGGUAUGUUUUUUUAGGGGAAAACAUUUAACUGUGAUGAUCCCACUUCCAUGUACUCCGAAAAGUUACAGAACAGUUUUGACCACUUCAUCUGUUGUUUCUGUAGACAAAGCUGUAUAGAGUGUGGACAAAUCAGAGUUGCAUAAACACAAUUGAUAGAAUUGAUACCCGUUGCUUUCCAGAAGGUUCCAAAGUUUGACAGGGCUCUGCCCCUAUCAGCAUGAAUGGUCAAAGACUUCUUGAACUGCUUCAUUACUGGUUGGUAGCUUUCAUUUUAUUCAGUAACAAGGACUUGUCCCUAUUUGUGCGUUAAAUUCCUUUCUCCAUUCCUGAAACUUAAUUCAUAAUGAAUGCUAGUAUUCCAUUGUUUGGCUUAUUGUAAUGGUAAUGCUUUCAGUGUAACUGCAGAGAAUAAUUUCAUGAUCUGUUUAUGCUAUAUAUUCCUUUUUGUUACAAUUUUUUUAAGAAAACUAUUUUUGUUAAUGUAAAGUUAAAUAUUUCAGAGCAGAAUUUUUAAACUUUAUUGCACUAAAUGCAUAUGUGGAGAAGAGAGAAGUAAUGCCUCAACAGUUGGAUCACUCCUUAAGAAAAUCAUUUUGAAAAAGAGAGCUAUUGCUCUAGAUAAGCUUAGCUAAAUGGUUACAGAAAUGGGCGAAGAGACACUCCUGAGCUGAAUGGCCACCAAUUUUUUGUUGUUUUAUGUUUGUUUUUACAAAUGGCUGUUUUGAUUCUGUGCUUCCUUUAAAGGAUCAGAUCUUUUAAAAUUGCUGCUGAAGGAAACAUAGCAUUCUGUAAUUAAUUGGUGGUCUUUGCUGUGUAACUAAAUGCUUCAGUUUCAUUUUUUUAAUAAAUCAUCUGACAUCUAAAUCUUUUCAGACGACUUGCAAUAAAAUUCAGGACAGUUGAGAAAAAGCAGAAUCAUUUCUUUAUCAGUCACAGAAACCAAUCAUGGAAGUGCAUUUUAAGACUAGCAAACUAGAUUGGCCUUUGCUCCUGCUAACACCUUAACAUAGCCUGCUGAACAUAGUGCCAUGAAACUUCAUUAGGUCUGUUCACAUGAUUAACAGUUUAAAUGCUUGUGUGUUAGCAGGAGCCAAGGCAUUAGUCUAGGCUUAAACUAGAGCACUGCUUUAAUUCUCUUUUUAAUGUAUAUAUUACAUGUUACUGUAAGAAUAUUUAGGAGGAGAGGUAAGAGGAGCCUUAAUUUGGGGGAGGAAGUACAGUGCCUCUGCUGUGACACUGGACUUCAGACCAAGUCUGCUUAAGUCCCUGGGGUUUGGCAACAACAAGGAAAGAAACCUGGGCUCAGCAGGUUGAAAACUACAGAAGCUGGAUUCCAAAGCAAGGAAGAUGGUGGGUCACUUAGCUGGCUCCACUGAGGUUAGCUCCCAUUAACCUCAGCUUCAGAAGUCAUAAGUUCAAGAUGGGAGGCAUGGAUUUGGCUCACUUUGAGAUCAUCAAAACUCCUGCUUUGCCAGGUUCCACAAGCUUGAGUUUCCUGCUUGUUGGAAGCCUUGGGAAGAGUGAUGCUUUUUGGUUUGAACUUGCAACUGGAAUUGUAAUCAGAAACUAAAAUUUUGUAUUUUUGUAUACCUUGAUUGUGCAGCAUUUUUAUAUACAGUUCCUGUUUUACAAAUAAAUUUGGUUUCUUAAAAU